AUGGGGCGGCGUCGAAAAGUGCCUGCUGAGCCGGCUGAUGUAGCCGGUGCUGGAGUUGGAGAUGAGGACGAGGAGGGAGCCGAGGAUCCAGCCGAUGCAUGCGCUUCCGAGCCACCCAAGCCUGAGUCUGAGCCGCCUGAUCCCAAGUCGAAGGCAAAGCGCAGACGGAAGAAGUCGCCAAAGGCGAUGUCUUCUGAACCGGUUUCCGAGUCUGCGGCUGCGGCCGUUCCUGUCCGUGCUCCGAAGAUCAGAGCGAAGAAGUUGGUGCAGGCGGCACCUUCUGAGCUGGCUCCUUCAGAGCUCGAUGGAGAGCUCGAUGCAGAGCUCGGUGUGGCACGUGCAGUGCCAGCAGCUGACACAGACUCGGACGAGAUGCCGCUUGAUCGCUUUGCUGUCAUGAUAGCAGGCCAACCCAAAGCGGCAGAGCCAAAGGCAACGGGUAAGAGCAAGGCCCGCGCCCGGAGCAGCAGGCCGAAAGGACGUGCCAAGGCCAAGGCCAAGGCGGCCCAUGAGCCAAAUCCAUGGGAGCUUCCUCCGGAUCCAGGUCAAUUGCGGAUUGCGCAGAAUAUGACGCUGGCCGAGAUGAAGGAUGAGUCUGCUGACAACGAGGACGAGGUUGUUGGUAAGGGGGCAGCUGAGAGUUCGGCUGUUAGCGAAGAGGCUUCAGAUCAUGAUGCCCAGUCGUCCCGGUCAUCUCGGAGCCCAGCCCGGAGUCACCGGAGCGGGACUGGAAGUGGAAGUGGUUCGCAGCUGUCGCCGGAGGCAGCAGCGGCUGCGGGGCAGCACUUCUGGCACUGUGUGCAGUCAGACGAUGAGGGGAAGGACAGCCAAACGGAGGCUCAUGUGGACAUCGCUGUUGUACGAGGCCCAGGCCCAGAUCAAGUCCGCAGCAGGUGUGAUCUUUUUCAGUUCCCUCGUCGCCACAUCGAGCGGCUGCACAAGCACUUCGGCGCGGAGUCCAUAGAGCGGUUGAACCAGAACAUGUCCUCCAUGAAACUCAUGUCGCUGUAUUCUGGACUGGGUGGUGCGGAAUCAGCGACCAGUCUUUUGAGACAGGCUCUCACGAGUCACGUCGCGGAGCAUGCCAUGCCGAUACUGCCUGCGAAAGGCAGUCCGUGCACAUUGGCGUGCGACUCCAACACAAACUGCAAGAAAGUUUUGAAAGCGCUGCCAGAUCCGCCAAAGUUUCUCAUUGGCAAGAUGGAGGAUUUCGUGAAGGCUGAUGCCCUUCCAGCUCUCAAGCACACCAUCGGCAUGUUUCGAAACGAGUGCUCGAAUCUCGUCCGAGCCGCAACGCAAGCAAAAAAGGCCGGGAUGGUCAUGGUGGGGGCUCGAAAGAAGCUUGGCCGCCUGUCGCAGAAGCUCGUUGCCAUGCUCAUCCAGCAGAUCGAGUCGGAGAGCAUGUUGAAGGCUGCCGUGAUGGCAGAGUCAUCCGAUGUGGUGAACCUGCGUGACCUUGCAAGCGGCCUGCUGGUGCUGGUCGCGGGCUCCACUUGCCGCGACUGGAGCAGCAUGGGGUCGCGGAAGGGGUUCCUUGGCGACAGCGUUCUCGCGUUCGCCAUACUGUUGGCGAUUGUGAGAUCGACACGCCCGGCUCUGUUCUUGCACGAGUGCACUGCAAGCUUCAAGUGGGCCAUCUUCGCAAAGCUCCUCCCUGGGUAUGACAUCGCCCAGCACUACACCGAGCCCCUGGACUUUGGCUUCCCGGUGCGCCGGCAUCGCUCCUACACGGCUUUGGUGCGCGCGUCGACCUUUCAGCUGGCGUUUCCGCUGUCAGAGAUGCACAGACUGUUUAUCUCGCCUGCUGUCGAUUGUCGCGUCUUCCUCGCUGCGUCGAGAGCGGAGGCCAUGUAG